AUGGCAAGGAAGAAAUUUUCUGGAUUAGAAAUCUCUCUGAUUGUCCUUUUUGCUAUAGUUACUAUAAUAGCUAUUGCCCUAAUUGCUGUUUUAGCAACUAGGACACCUGCUGUUGAAGCGAUUAGUAAUUCUACUUCAAGCCCACCUACCACUCGUACAACCACUGUGUUUCCCGGUUCAGGAAAGUGUCCAAGUGAGCUAAAUGAUCCUAUCAAUGAGAGAAUAAAUUGCAUUCCAGAUCAAUUACCAACAAAGGCAGUUUGCUCAGAGAGAGGCUGCUGCUGGAAGCCAUGGAAUGACUCUCUUAUUCCUUGGUGCUUCUUCGCAGAUAAUCAUGGCUAUAAUGUUGAGAGAAUGAUAACAACAAGUAUUGGGCUUGAAGCCAAAUUAAACAGGAAACCUUCACCUACGCUCUUUGGAAAUGACAUUACUAGUGUUCUUAUCACAACUCAAAAUCAGACACCCAAUCGUUUCCGAUUUAAGAUAACUGAUCCAAAUAAUAGAAGAUAUGAAGUUCCUCAUCAGUUUGUAAAAGAAUUUACUGGUACCACAGCUUCUAACACAUUGUAUGACGUGCAGGUUGUAGAAAAUCCAUUUAGCAUCAAAGUUAUUAGAAAAAGCAAUAAUAGAAUUUUGUUUGACACCAGCAUUGGUCCUUUGGUGUACUCUGACCAGUAUUUACAGAUUUCAACCAGACUUUCCAGUGAAUAUAUUUAUGGCAUUGGGGAACAUAUUCAUAAGAGAUUUCGUCACGAUUUAAACUGGAAAACAUGGCCAAUUUUUACCCGGGAUCAACUUCCUGGUGACAAUAAUAAUAAUUUAUAUGGUCAUCAGACAUUCUUCAUGUGCAUUGAAGAUACUUCUGGAAAGUCAUUUGGUGUUUUCUUAAUGAACAGCAAUGCAAUGGAAAUUUUCAUCCAGCCUACUCCAAUAGUAACUUACAGAGUCAUUGGCGGAAUUCUGGACUUUUACAUCUUUCUAGGAGAUACACCAGAACAAGUAGUUCAACAGUAUCAAGAGCUUGUUGGACGACCCGCAAUGCCAGUAUAUUGGAGUCUUGGAUUCCAGCUGAGUCGCUGGAAUUAUAAGUCACUUGAUGUAGUGAAAGAAGUGGUAAAAAGAAAUCGGGAUGCUGGCAUACCAUUUGAUACACAGGUCACUGAUAUUGACUAUAUGGAAGCAAAGAAAGACUUUACUUAUGAUAAAGUUGCAUUUAAAGGCCUCCCUGAAUUUGUUCAAGAUUUGCACGACCAUGGACAGAAAUAUGUCAUCAUCUUGGAUCCCGCAAUUUCCAUAGAUAAGCUAAGCAAUGGAACGGCAUAUGCCACCUAUGAGAGGGGAAAUGCAAGACAUGUGUGGGUAAAUGAUUCAGAUGGGACUACAGCAAUUAUUGGCGAGGUGUGGCCAGGAUUAACAGUAUACCCUGAUUUUACUAAUCCAAACUGCAUAGAUUGGUGGGCAGAUGAAUGCAGCAUUUUCCAUCAAGAAGUGAAAUAUGAUGGACUUUGGAUUGACAUGAAUGAAGUUUCCAGUUUUGUUCAAGGUUCAAAAAAAGGAUGCAAUGACAAUAAACUGAAUUAUCCACCUUUUACUCCUGAUAUUCUUGACAAACUCAUGUAUUCCAAAACAAUUUGCAUGGAUGCUGUGCAGUACUGGGGGAAACAGUAUGAUGUUCACAGCCUCUAUGGAUACAGCAUGGCUAUAGCCACAGAGAAAGCCAUAGAGAAAGUUUUCCCUAAUAAGAGAAGCUUCAUUCUCACCCGCUCAACUUUUGCUGGGUCUGGAAGCUAUGCUGCACACUGGUUAGGGGACAACACUGCUUCAUGGGAGCAAAUGGAAUGGUCUAUCACAGGAAUGCUAGAGUUCAAUUUAUUUGGAAUGCCAUUGGUUGGAGCGGACAUCUGUGGAUUUGUGGUUAAUACCACAGAAGAGCUUUGCAGGAGGUGGAUGCAACUUGGGGCCUUUUAUCCAUUUUCCAGGAACCAUAAUGGUGAUAUAUAUGAGCAUCAGUAUCCAGCAUUUUUUGGACAGAAUUCUCUUUUGGUUAAUUCAUCAAGGCACUAUUUGAAUAUUCGCUAUACCUUAUUACCUUUCCUAUAUACUCUAUUUUACAAAGCCCAUAAGUUUGGAGAAACAGUAGCACGGCCAGUUCUUCAUGAGUUUUAUGAAGAUAUGAAUACCUGGACUGAGGACACUCAAUUCUUAUGGGGCCCCUCAUUACUUAUUACUCCAGUCUUGAAAGAGGGAGCAGAUACAGUGAGUGCAUAUAUCCCUAAUGCUACUUGGUAUGAUUAUGAAACUGGUGCAAAAAGGCCAUGGAAAAAACAACGUGUUAAUAUGUACCUUCCAGGAGACAAAAUAGGAUUACAUCUUAGAGGAGGUUAUGUUAUCCCCAUUCAACAACCUGCUGUAACUACAAAUGCAAGCCGAAAGAACCCUCUAGGACUUAUAGUUGCAUUAGAUGAAGAUAACACAGCAAAAGGAGACUUUUUCUGGGAUGAUGGUGAAACUAAAAAUACCAUACAAAAUGGCAGAUACAUUUUAUAUACAUUUUCAGUUUCUAAUAACAAAUUAGAUAUGAUAUGCACACAUUCAUCAUACCAGGAAGGAAACACAUUAGCAUUUGAGACUAUUAAAAUCCUUGGGUUGAUAGAUCCUGUUAUACAAGUCACAGUGGUGGAAGAUAAUCAGCCAAUGAAAGCUCACUACAAUUUUACUUAUACAGCUUCCAACCAGAGUCUCUUAAUUUAUAGUCUCAAGUUUAACCUUGGAAGAAACUUUACCGUUCAAUGGAGUCAAAAAUUCUCAGAAAAUGAAAGGUUUACUUGUUAUCCAGAUGCAGACAUUGCAACUAGAGAAAAGUGUGAAGAACGUGGCUGUUUAUGGGAAACGCCUACCUUUAGAUCCCAAGCACCUAGCUGUUACUUUCCUAGACAACACAACCCUUAUUUAGUCAGUACAACUCAAUAUUCAUCAAUGGGUAUAACAGCUGACCUCCAGCUGAAUACUGCAAGUGCUCGAAUAAAGCUACCUUCUGAACCCAUCCCAACACUUCGUGUGGAAGUGAAAUAUCACAAAAAUGAUAUGCUGCAAUUUAAGAUUUAUGAUCCCCAAAAUAAGAGAUAUGAAGUUCCAGUACCUUUAAACAUUCCAGCCAUGCCAACAAGUACUUAUGAAAAUAGACUUUAUGAUGUUGAAAUCAAGGAAAAUCCUUUUGGCAUCCAGAUUCGAAGGAGAAGCACAGGAAGAGUUAUUUGGGAUUCUCACCUGCCUGGAUUUGCUUUUAAUAACCAGUUUAUUCAAAUAUCUACUCGCCUGCCAUCAGAAUAUAUAUAUGGUUUUGGGGAAGUGGAACACAGAGCAUUUAAGAGAGACCUGAACUGGCAUACUUGGGGAAUGUUCACAAGAGACCAACCCCCUGGUUAUAAACUUAAUUCCUAUGGAUUUCAUCCAUAUUACAUGGCUCUGGAAGAUGAAGGCUAUGCUCAUGGAGUUCUCUUACUUAACAGCAAUGGAAUGGGUAAAACAAUCAUUUUUUUCUCUGUGAUAUAUCGUAACCCUCUUAGUUCACAAAUAACGUUGUUGUUUUUUUCCCCAAAGGUAAUUGGCCGACCAGUCAUGCCACCUUACUGGGCUUUGGGAUUUCAAUUAUGUCGUUAUGGGUACAGAAAUACUUCAGAGGUUCAGCAAGUAUAUAACGAUAUGGUGGCCGCUCAGAUCCCUUAUGAUGUUCAAUACACAGACAUUGAUUACAUGGAAAGACAACUAGACUUUACAAUUGAUGAAAACUUCCGUGAUCUUCCUGAGUUUGUUGACAAAAUAAGACAGGAGGGAAUGAGAUACAUUAUUAUCCUGGAUCCAGCCAUUUCGGGAAAUGAAACAAAGCCUUACCCUGCAUUUGACAGAGGACAGGAGAAAGAUGUUUUUGUCAAAUGGCCUAACACCAAUGAUAUUUGUUGGGCAAAGGUUUGGCCAGAUUUGCCCAAUGUAACAAUAGACGAAAAUCUAACUGAAGAUGAAGCUGUUAAUGUUUCCAGAGCUCAUGUAGCUUUUCCAGAUUUUUUCAGGAAUUCCACAGCAGAGUGGUGGGCAAAGGAAAUUAUAGAUUUCUACAAUAACCAGAUGAAGUUUGAUGGCUUGUGGAUUGAUAUGAAUGAACCAUCCAGUUUUGUACACGGAACAGUUACUAAUCAAUGCAGAAAUAAAGAGUUAAAUUAUCCACCUUAUGUCCCAGAAAUCACAAAAAGAACAAAUGGAUUACAUUUCAGAACUAUGUGUAUGGAAACUGAACAGAUUCUUAGUGAUGGAUCAUCCGUUUUGCAUUAUGAUGUUCACAAUCUAUAUGGAUGGUCACAAAUGAAACCUACUUAUGAUGCAUUGCAGAAGACAACUGGCAAAAGAGGAAUUGUUAUUUCUCGUUCAACAUAUCCUACUGGUGGACAAUGGGGAGGACACUGGCUUGGAGACAACUAUGCACAGUGGGACAAUUUGGACAAAUCAAUCAUUGGUAUGAUGGAAUUUAGUCUCUUUGGAAUCUCAUAUACUGGUGCAGAUAUCUGUGGUUUCUUCAACAACUCAGAGUAUGAGCUCUGUGCCCGCUGGAUGCAACUUGGAGCAUUUUACCCAUACUCAAGAAAUCACAACAUUGCAUUUACUAGGAGACAAGAUCCUGCUUCCUGGAAUGAAACUUUUUCUGAAAUGUCAAAGAAUAUUCUAAAUAUUAGAUACACUUUAUUACCCUAUUUCUAUACACAGAUGCAUGAAAUUCAUGCUCAUGGUGGCACUGUUAUUCGACCCCUUUUGCAUGAGUUCUUUAAUGACAAGCUAACCUGGGAUAUAUUCAAGCAGUUCUUGUGGGGUCCAGCGUUUAUGGUUACCCCUGUACUGCAACCUUAUAGGGACACUGUAGCAGGCUACGUCCCUGAUGCUCGGUGGUUUGAUUAUCAUACGGGCCAAGAUAUUGGUGUCAGAGGAAAAUUUAAUGAAUUUGAAGCUCCUUUAUAUAAAAUAAACCUACAUGUCCGUGGUGGUCACAUUCUACCAUGUCAAGAGCCUGGUUUAAACACAUUUUACAGUCGACAAAACUACAUGAAGCUCAUUGUUGCCGCAGAUGCUAAUCAGAUGGCACAGGGAUCUCUGUUUUGGGAUGAUGGAGAGAGUAUAGACACCUAUGAAAGAGACUUAUAUUUCCUGGUACAGUUUAAUUUGAACAAGAAUACCUUGACAAGCACUAUAUUGAAAAAUGGUUACAUAAACAAAAAUGAAAUGAGGCUUGGAUUCAUCAACAUAUGGGGGAAAGGAAAGACUUCUGUUAAUGAGGUUAAUCUCAUAUAUAAUGGAAAUAAAGUGUCAGUUAAAUUUACUCAAGAGGCAAACAACGAGAUAUUAAAUAUUGAUCUGACAGUAAAUAAUGUUAUUCUUGAUGAACCAAUAGAAAUCAUCUGGUCAUGA